UGCAAACAUUCUACCAGCACAUUGUGCAGGACAGCCACGUUAGUGGACAGCUCAGGUGUCUUUUGGGAAUUGUCCUUGGAUUUGAGAUUUUCUCUUGUGCCUGAUGAGGCUUCUUUAAUCCACCUCUUCAAGUUGUUGCCACUGGGAACCCAAGCAUGAACUUCACAAAGGCAGCUGACCCAGUCCAUCCUAGCUUUGCUGGUUUGCUGAUGAAAAACAAGAAUCUUUUAGCGGAGCUAAGAACUCUCCAAAGAAAACUGUUCAGAGAAGAGACUUCGCUGCAAGAGACGAAGACUGACCUAGCACGGUACAAGGAGCAGCAGUCCUUCCAGAUAAUGUCCCUGAGAGACGACGUCAAGAGCCUGCAGGAGCUCAUCACCGCCCUGGCCAGAAUUAAGUCUCUGAAAAACUCCAAUAUUCAGAGCCUUGAACGAGGCAACUGGAAUCUAGCUAAACGCGUUACGGAACUAGAAAACCUCCUAAGACUGCAUCUGGCUGAAAGAGAAAAAGCAGAGCAAAAAGCGGGCUUUCCAGCGAAUAAUCUGCCGCAUAUGAGCAGACUUCCCCCUACGAAUCUAAAAGGACAGGAAGACUCUUUGGACAUUAUUCUAGCAAAGGAGAAGGACAAAGCAUUCCUGGCCGGAAACUUUGAGAGAGACAUUAUUCACCCUGAAGGACCAAACAAUGGGCAGAAAUUUUGGGAUAAAUCUCAACAAGAUGUGUUCCUCAAGGAAAAACCAACAGCUGAGUUAGAUGGACCUCCACACUCAUGUAGUCCCGAAAUUAAAACUGCGCGGUCUCAGUAUCAGGAUCUCAGUCAGCCAACUGCUAUUCUGAGUGACAGCGGUGGCCCCAUCCCAGCCACAGAGGACGCUGUGAAGGAGAGGAUUCAAGAAAUUGGUGCAAACGAACAAUCAUGGAAAUCCAGGAUUGAAGGUCUGGAGCAGAAGAUCCAGAAGCUCACUCCGCGACGGGGGCAGCUGUAUCAGAUGUGUGAAGAGCCUACCCGAGAAUCGCCCCACAUUGGAGAAAAUUCCAGGGAGCCGAACAGACCCUCCAAGUGUCUGGGAGGGCAUGUUGCUGUCGAUGACUCUUUUCAGGGGAAAGUAGACUCGGACAGGAAGAAAUUAAUUUCUGCAGAGGAGAUCUCCACAAUGCAGAAUUUCUUGACAGAUAAGCACAACAAGUUCAAACGAUUAGAUAUGUUGUUGAAUAUUCAGCAGAAUUUGCAGAUUGCUACAACACUAAGAUUGGAGGACAAAAUCCAGAAACUUCAGGAACAGCUUAGUGAUUUGAAAUUGUCAAAUAAAACUAUGAAAAGUCAACUGAUAAGAGUAAACAUCCUGAAAGACAAAACUGUUGAAAGUCUCAAGAAAUCACUGACAAAAGUCAAAACAGUGAAAGAGAAGGCAGUGACAAAAAUAGACAACUUGAAAACUAUUGCAGACUCUGCAGAACAAGAGGCGAGACCACAGAAAGAGAGGGCCCGCAACACGUUAAAUGGUGUCACCCCUCAGCUCUCCCCAGCUAAGAACACACUGGAAGAAGCAUCCCGGAAAGAACCAGAGCUCCUUGGCUUUCGAGACAAUAUUAUGAAGAUGUUGGGAUUCAACAUGAAAACAGCAGACAAAGAAAUCAUCAAUCAGCUAAAGCUUAUCAUCCAAGUCUAUGAAAUAGCCAACAGAUCAAAGAUGGCGUCUGCUUGUGAGAACGGAAAAGGCAGUGAAUGAGGAACCUCUGCUUUCAGUGCUGCUGAGAACCCGGCUGACGGCUGACGCGAUGUCUUCAGCAUCUACAGGAUGGCCACAUUUUAAAUAAAAUGCGCUGGAAAAUGUUCACUUAAAUCUGUUUUCUCUUAUGAUGGUUGGCAUUUAACCUUCUUUAUAAUAAUCACUUUCUAUGAAUAUAUUUAUGGUAUAGCCUGGAUCAUUGCUUGUAAUAAAUAAUUAUCCAAUUACCUUU